AUGGACAACUGCAGCACAGCCUCUGAGUUCAUUCUGGUGGGGUUCAGAGAUCUCCCAGAGCUGCAAGUAACAUUUUUCAUCACUUUUCUGGUGCUGUACAUCACCACAGUGGUGGGGAAUGGUGGUAUGAUUGCUGUCAUAAGUGCUGACUCUCAGCUCCACACCCCAAUGUACUACUUUCUCAAAAACUUGUCUUUCCUGGACCUCUGCUAUUCCUCCGCCAUUGCUCCUAAAGCUCUAGUGAAUUUUUUCGAGGAGAAGAACAUCAUCUCUUAUGAGGGCUGUGUGGCCCAGUUGAUGCUCUUCACCAUCUUUGUUACUACGGAAGGGUUUCUUUUAGCAGUCAUGGCAUAUGACCGCUUCAUGGCCAUUUGCUACCCACUCCUCUAUCCAACUAAGAUGUCCAAGAAGUCUUGCCAUCAUCUGGUGGCCACUUCCUAUGCUUGCGGUUGUACAAAUGGAGUGAUUCAGACAUAUGUCUCUUUCCGUUUGAGAUUCUGCAACCUCAGCAAAAUCAACCACUUCUUCUGUGAUGUCCCCGCUGUCAUGAAAGCUGCCACUACAUACACAUAUCUCAACGAAGCUGUGAUGUUCUCCCUCUGCAAUGUGAUCAUUGCCAUCACCACAGUGGUGAUAUUCACCUCCUAUGCUUACAUUCUCUCCACCAUUCUCAAGAUUCAAUCUGCAGAGGGCAGGCGAAAAGCAUUUUCUACCUGUGCCUCUCACAUAACAGCAGUGACCAUCUUUUAUGGGACAGUCUUCUUUAUUUAUGCUCAGCCUGCAGCCAUGUCCUCCCCAGCUCAAAGCAAAAUUGUCUCUGUGUUUUACACUCUUGUCAUUCCAAUGCUAAAUCCCCUCAUCUACAGCCUUAGGAACAAAGAUGUCAAAGCAGCUCUGAAAAGGACUCUGGGGAAGAAGAGGCUCUUUUCUAUGAACUGA